AUGGGUUUCGCUGGAAACAAUGACCCUUCCUUUAUCCAGCCCACAGUUAUUGCCACCAGAGAUGGCGGUAGCUCCUCCGGAGGGCCCGCAGUACCUUCAAAGCCUUCGUUCCUGAACAAUUCUUCGAGCUCGAACGUCGCCUCGAAGCGUGGUAUCGAGGAUCUUGAUUUCUACAUCGGAGACGAAGCUGUCGCCAACUCAAAGACCUAUGCCCUCAACUAUCCAAUUCGCCAUGGCCAGAUCGAAAACUGGGACCACAUGGAACGAUACUGGGAGCAGAGUAUCUUUAAAUACCUUCGCUGCGAACCCGAGGAUCAUUCAUUCUUGUUGACUGAGCCCCCACUGAACCCUCCUGAGAACCGUGAGAACACUGCGGAGAUCAUGUUCGAGUCAUUCAAUGUUCAGGGAUUGUAUAUCGCUGUCCAGGCUGUGCUGGCCCUUGCUGCAUCCUGGACCUCGAGCAAAGUCAGCGAGCAGACCUUGACUGGAACGGUUAUCGAUUCUGGCGAUGGUGUUACUCAUGUCAUCCCCGUGGCUGAGGGAUAUGUCAUUGGAUCCUCUAUCAAGAGUGUUCCUAUUGCUGGUCGCGACUUGACUUCAUUUGUCCAAAACUUGCUCAGAGAGCGUGGUGAGAGCAUGAUCCCUGCUGAGGACUCUUUAACUGUUGCUCAAAGGAUCAAGGAGCAGUACUCAUAUGUGUGCCCUGAUAUCGUCAAGGAGUUCAAGAAGUAUGAUCAGGAGGGCGACAAAUAUUUCAAGAAGUACGAGGGCGUGCACUCUGUCACCGGCAAGCCAUACUCCGUGGAUGUCGGAUUCGAACGUUUCUUGGCACCAGAAAUCUUCUUCAACCCAGAGAUUGCCAGCUCGGACUACUUGACACCUCUUCCCGAGGUCGUUGAUACUGUUGUUCAGACUUCACCCAUUGAUGUUCGUCGUGGACUGUACAAGAACAUUGUGUUGUCUGGAGGUUCGACCAUGUUUGAGAAUUUUGGCAAGCGUUUGCAACGUGACAUCAAGCGCAUUGCAGAUACCCGUAUCAAGCGCAGUGAAGUUCUUUCUGGCGGAAGGAUGCAGUCGACUCCUAUGGAGGUGAACGUGAUCUCUCACAAGAAACAGCGUUAUGCUGUGUGGUUCGGAGGCAGUUUGCUUGCGUCUACGGGCGAGUUCCACUCCUACUGCCACUCCAAGGCUGAAUAUGACGAGGUUGGACCUUCGAUUGCCAGACAUAACGUAAGCUACGCAUGGGUUCAAAGUCGAUGUUGCUACAUGAUAAGACGGAAUGAAGCUAGAUUGACACCACAACGUUCUAUUUAUUUAUUUUUUCCGCAGCGCGUUUUCGGUACUCUUGGUUAA